AUGGAUAAUUCAACUAUUGUAUUUAUUGCUGUGCUAGGUAUUGCAUUUAUCUUUUUGAGAUGGUUAAUUGCUCCAAUCCCACCUCAGUUACCUAAUGAAUUAAACGAGGCUCUUGCAAAUAAUUCGGCUAAUAAUUCUAAUAGAUCUACUAAUAGUUCCAACUCUACCAAUAAUACUAACAGAAGAUCAAGAAGGGAUGUUUCUGAUGAUAUGAUUGAGGUGGUUCAAACUAUAGCUCCUCAAUUAACAAGAGGCCAAAUUAGAAUGGACUUAGAAAGAUCAGGUUCGGUCGAGUUAACUAUGGAAAGGUAUAUGGAAACUGGCAGUUUACCAUUCCCACCAGGAGAAUCUGCCUCUACUCUGAAUUUACAGCCAGAUAUAAGUGAACAUUCACAAGUAACGAAAAAAGAGCCUGAAAAUUUGAUUGACAAGUAUGGCUUGAAAUCAAAAAUUAGAGACGACGAAGGUGAAGAAAUAGAAAACAUCGAUGACAAUAAAUGGGGUUCUAGUAAAGAGGAGAGAACAUCAUUAUUGAACAGAAAGAGAGAAGAAAUGAUUUUACAAGCCAGAAAAAGAUUGGCCUCUCAAUUACAAAAUGAAGUUGCGUUAUGA